AUGGCCGGCCGGGAGAGGGACUGGGACGACAAUGCCCAUGGGUCCCCAGACCCCGAGACCCUCUACACCAAAGAGUACUGCAUUGGUGGUGGCAGCUUUGGCAAGGUCUUCAAAGGUGUCGACAAGCGUACCGGUCAGGCAGUAGCUAUCAAGAUUAUUGAUAUUGAGAGCGCCGAGGACGAGGUCGAAGACAUUAUCCAAGAGAUCGCCAUUCUGUCCGAGCUGCAGUCUCCCUACGUCACGAAAUACUACGGUUCCUACGCCAAAGGAGCCGAGCUAUGGAUCGUCAUGGAGUUCUGCUCCGGCGGGAGCUGCGCCGACCUCAUGAAGCCGGGCAAGAUUGAGGAGGAAUACAUUGCAAUUAUUGUCAGGGAGCUACUGCUGGGGCUGGACUAUCUGCACUCAGACAAGAAGCUGCACCGGGAUGUGAAGGCUGCCAAUGUGCUCCUGGGCUCUAAUGGCCAGGUCAAGCUCGCCGACUUUGGGGUCUCUGGCCAACUCUCAGCGACCAUGACCAAGAAGAACACUUUCGUCGGCACACCCUUUUGGAUGGCACCCGAGGUCAUUAAGCAGUCGGGCUACGACCACAGGGCGGACGUUUGGUCACUCGGUAUCACCGCUCUCGAGCUCGCCAAUGGAGAACCGCCCUAUGCAGAUAUCCACCCGAUGAAGGUCCUUUUUCUCAUCCCCAAGAACGCACCACCAAGACUUGACAAGGACACCUUCAGCAAGGCGUUCCAGGAUUUUGUUGCCUGCUGCCUACAGAGGGACCCCAAGGACAGGCCAACGGCGAAGGACCUCUUGAAGCACCCGUUCGUGCGGAAGGCCAAGAAGACGAGCUACCUGACCGAGUUGAUCGAGAGGCAUACCCGAUGGUCUGCUACUCACAAGAGCGCAGAUGACGAUGACGCGUAUGACGACGUUGGCGAGCCUGCGUAUCGGGAGCCGGUCAAUGAGGACAUGUGGGACUUUGGCACGGUACGGCUAGUAGGCAACCAAGGAGGCAUUGUACGGAAUCCGGGCUUGAAUGCUAUGGGCGAGUCGGCUACAAACGCGCGGUCUUCGAGACCACUUGAGAGUGAAUAUGGAGAUUCGAGAAACGAGACGACACCGACGAAGGCCCUGUUGGAGAGGGAGCGAGAAACAUUCAAGGCGAGUGGGUCGACAUCCGGCACUGCACGGCAGGUAUCACCACAGCGAAAGCCCGUUGGUUCAACCUCUGGGCCGCAGUCGCCGGCCAAGGUGCCCUUGCCUCCAUCCCCCGCGAAAACCAACACAAGGCCGCAAGACCAGGUUCAUGCAACCCCGAGGGCCUCGCAGAUGAAGCCUCUUCCGCAGCCUGUCGACACCUCUCCGGAACAUGAGAGGUCAUUACAUGAGCAGCUUCAGCGGGAUAUGGGACACUUGAACCUGGGCUCGGCCAUCAACGCAGAACGACGUGUCUCUGGCCCGCGCAUGAUGCCCCCGUCAGCAAUGCAGCACCACCAGAUACAACGACAGCCAUCGAAGCUAGGCCCGUUGACCUUGCCCGAAAUACCACCGUACCGGGCCAACGAACAGCAGUACGCAGUACCACAAUCACCGCUGACGCGGACCACGAACCAACAACACCCGUUACCGGUCCAGCCGCAGGCCGCGAGACAGUACUCCCCAUCUAUCGUACAAGCUCCACAGCAGCCAAAUUAUUUUAACCAACACCCACAAGCCCCUAGAGCCAUACAAACCCAGAAUAUCAACCCGCUGACUUCCAAGGAAGGAAACCGCGGAACGCCUUCGUCAACACACUCCUUCACGCCUGAGCCCCAAACCCCCACCCCGUUGUCCUUCCCACCGCCUGCACCAGCCAACCCGAACGGCGACCUGGACGCUCUGAACGACGUCAUCUUCCCCGCCCUCGAGGAGAGCCUUAAGAGACGCCAGAUCCAUCUGCAACAAUUGUACCCGGGCCGACCGAACAGUGCGAACAGCGGCGCGCCGACACCAAAGCAACAGAGAGCCGAAGCGUCGCACGAGAAGAUCCGCAAGCUGGUGUAUAAGCUGGCGCACGUGUGCAAGGAGAUCGACCACUUCGACAAGGCGGAGCCGGUGGGCAUGGGCAAGGAUGUCAGCACUUUCCUUGAGGGGCUGCUAGAGGAGAUCCUGGUGCGUGUCGAGCCGCUUGAUGACGAUGAGGGCAUGUGA